CUCGUCAUUCAUUCCGUCCCCGCCGCACCUUUUGGGCGAUAUGAAAACACUAGCAAAACAGUUUAUACAGAACAUUCUGGAGACAACCUCAAGAAAAUAUCUUCUUCCUCGGCCCCAAUCACAGCCGUCCAUCGUUGAUCGUCCUAUUAAAAAACACAGCUUAUAUAUACGCAAUGUAAUCGGCGCCCCAAUCUGGAGUCUUCUCCACGGACCUUUAGCGAAAGAGAAACAACUCAUGUUUGAUCUCUUAUAAUGCCGAGGUUUCGUUUCCUAGUACAAAAAAAAAUCAUCAUUCUUCAUAGUUCUGUUUGAUUUAGGUGAUCCAGGAAUCUUAAUUCGCCGACAAAAACCUGGGGCAGAAUAGAACAGAACAGAACAGAUUAUAGUUUCAGAAUGGCAGGAGAAGAAGGUAAAAGGGACGAUCUUUAUGGAGUGCUGGGAUUGAACAAAGAAUGCAGUGCUUCUGAACUAAGAUCUGCCUACAAGAAGCUUGCCCUGAAAUGGCACCCAGAUCGAUGCUCAGCGCGGGGUAAUUCAAAGAGUGUGGAAGAGGCCAAGAAGAAAUUCCAAGCUAUUCAACAAGCAUAUUCUGUGCUUUCUGACUCGAAUAAAAGGUUUCUGUACGAUGUAGGAGUCUAUGACUUUGAUGAUGAUGACGACGAAAAUGGAAUGGGUGAUUUUCUUAAUGAAAUGGCUGCUAUGAUGAAUGACAAUAGAUCCAAUGAACAGCAGGGAGAGAGCUUUGAAGAACUGCAGGGGUUGUUCGAAGAGAUGUUACAAAACAGCGCCAAUUUAGUGGAUACUUCUUCAUUUUCAUCUACUCCUUCCCCAUCAUGUGGUGAGAGCUGCUAUUUCGACAACAUCUCAACCAAGAGAAGCUCUUCUGAAUUCGACGGAUUUUGCAUGGGGACAGGAGGAGGAGGAACACACCAAGAAGGCAGGGAGAGGAGUAGGCGGAAGAAGAACACCAGGAAGAAGUAAUUAUUAUUAAUCGGAGGACUAAUAAUAGUGAUGGCUAAGUUAAAUCAGAAUCUCAUUGCCUUCUGAUCUGAAAUGGCUGCUGAUAAGUGCUAAGUGCUAACGUAUUCGUAGAAGAACUCGAGUAUGAUGCUUCAAAGGUAUCAUGAAUAGCGGUUUUACGCGUUUAUGAUAUCAUCAAUCUUAAGUGAAGUAAUUUGGUACCUUAAAUGUAACUAAUUGUUGUAGUUAGAAGUACCAUUUGAAGUUCCCCAGAACUAGUGUAAUCUACUGAACAACCAAGCUGGUGAAAUCAUUGUGUAUGUGGUACCAAUUCUGAUUUACUGCAGUAAUUAGACUUGGUUACACGUGCGAUAUUCUUUGGAAUCAAAACAUUCAAACGUACCAAUU